CACCUCUCAACUGUCAAACCCCCUGUGCGGAUGCACACCAGUCUUCCACACACGCCUUCACACAGCCCUGGGGGAAGUCUUGGACUGUUCUGGAUUGCAGUUGUCAAAAGACGGGACCACACACCAGCUGCCCGACAUGGCGCCAUUUUCAUCUAUAGGCUCGAUCCCCCGGACUGACCCGCUCCCAGGCCUCGAAAGGGAUGUGGGAGGAUGUACCGCAGUAGGGACAAGUGGGCGGCCCGAUCGAUUCUCUUCCUUUUCUCCAUUGCUCAUGCCGGCCUGCCGGGAGCGGCAACGCUAAUGGCUCUGGAGCAGCCGUCUUCUUGGACCCGAGCAGCCCAUGGCCCCCUGCGUGGUCCUGGGAAGGGGCCAUGGAGUGGUAUUGAAUCUAGGCGGGACUUUGCGAAGAAGGGGGGUCUGUGAACACGAAGGGCCAGCCUCUAUAUAAGACUUGACCUGGAGAUCAGAAGUCAGCGGGACGGCCAGAUAUCCACCAGCAAAGCAGCUCUCCCGAGGUACUAGGACACGCAUCCUACGUACGACCGUACGAUUAUCAGCUAUUCUCCCCAGUUCUCUCUUCCAUUCCGCCGUUGUGCUUACCUUUGACGCGCACCGUCAAGAGCAUCAUCACAUGGGUGCUGCCGCAAGACAACGAUCUUACCCACUAUCGUGCGUUCGACCCCUUGCGAGAUACUCCUUGGAGAAGUCAUGGAACCCAGCGCGACGAAGACCAGCAUCAUGAUCAAGGAAGCGAGUUCCGGUGCUGACGAGACCUCGGUGUUGGCAGUACCCACCCCAGGCUAUGGCUAUAUGGGUCAAGCCAGCUACGGGGCUAACGUCGUCCCAUGGAGCUUGCCCGACGCACCGUACACAGCUUCUUCGUUCUUUGAGGAACCAUCCUGCGACUUUUUUUCCUUGUCGAGGACUCCAUUUACUCCAUUUGUGGGUGGAAAUUGGCACUUGUCUAACAAUCUCAGCCCCGAAGUCUCUCUACCAACACCACUCAGCUCAGUAGGUUCCAGAGCGGGCGUAUGGAGGGGCGAACCCGGGGGCGAGUAUUGCGAGCAUGAGCUCUUCUCCCCAGUGAGCGAACUAGCCACCAUCGAUAUGGCAGAUUCUGUGACACACACCAAGAGGUUUGGGUCUGAGGAGUCGUCCAUGUCGGCCAAGCAUCAGCCCAACAACAAGAUCAAGGCCACCAGUAGAUCAAAGGGUCGUGGCAAGCACAAUAUUCAGCUGCGUACCGCCUCCCGCAAGGCUCGAAAAGGAAGUUUGGCGCCAGCAACACCUCUAUCUCCAGCUGAAAGCGUUCACAAUCCCGGUUCAGCCAGUGAUGAUGAUGACCUCACCCUUGAAGAACGCCGUGCCAGACGCAACCAUAACCUUGUCGAGAAACAGUACCGCAACAGGCUGAACGCCCAGUUCGAACGCCUCUUGGCCGUCCUUCCUCUCGAGCAAUACAAGGGGGGUCACCUGGGUCAGGGAGAAGGCUGUGAUGGAUUCGCAACCGAUGAGAAGAGAAUGAGCAAGGCCGAGGUGUUGGAUUUGGCAACCAGACGUAUCAAGGCACUUGAGAUGGAGAAGGAGCGCUUGAACAGAGAAAGAAAAGAGCUGCUAAGGAACAUGGACAUCAUGGCUGGAGCCGUUGCUCGGGCAGCCAAUCAAGGACUUUGAUUGCAUUUUAUUGGAUUGGAUUUGGUCAAAGGUAUCGGGUUUCGGUCUCCACAUUGGCGCGAUGGGGAAAAGGGUCACGGUACAAGUUCAAAUAUGGCAUGUUGUUACAAGACAGAUGGUGGGGAUCAAGGAUGGAAACUUGUUUGAAAAGCAUGGCGAGAAUUGUGGUUGAUAGCAUCGGCGUUUCUCUUUUCCAACCAAAUUUACUGUAUUUGCACUUGUACUUCAUUCAUCUACGAGUUUGCUCCAACACAAUCAGGUUUUCAUGGUCCGGUA